AUAGCAGUGUGAUUGUGAAGACCCAUUUCUCUUUCGAUUUGGGUUUGUAAUAAUAAUAAAAACGUAUUCUAUUUUCAUUUUCUAGAGUUCUAACUGUAUUUAUUUUGUAGAAUAAUUACCAUAUUUUGCCUCAGCCAGAGAAGACGGACGUCUCUUUUGUGUUAUAAAAAAAAAAAAAAAAAAAAAAAAAACACAUAUGGUCCUACCACAGCUGUCUCUUUUUUGAACGUUUGAGGGAAGUACUCUGUGACCAUCUUUACCUCACUCUCGAUUUCCUUUUGUUGCCUCGGCUUUAUUAGACCUCAAACCUGCUCACACAAGCACACUCACGGACACAAAAGUGAAUCUGAUGACAGACUAACAGAUUUUACCUGGCUAGCUCCAUAAUAAUGCCUUUUUGACCGAGGCUUUAUUUAAAGCGCAGAGGUCUGGAUACGGGAUUAUAUCUUCAGAGGAAGAAGAUAGAAUUUAUAUUAAUUUUAAACGAUGUGGAUUCCGGAUUUUAACCUGUCAGUAAUAUGCAUCCUCUGUUUGGUGAAUGUUUCCUUUCAAGGAGAGUAUCAGAGGAAAUUAUACAAGGAGCUGAUGAAGAAUUACAACCCUCUUGAGAGACCCGUGGCAAAUGACUCCCAUGCUUUAACUGUUUCUUUCAGUCUUAGCCUAAUGCAGAUAAUGGAUGUGGAUGAGAAGAAUCAAGUUUUAACAACUAAUGUCUGGUUACAACUGUACUGGCAGGAUUAUUAUCUUCAGUGGAAUAUAUCUGAAUAUCCAGGAGUGAAAAACGUUCGAUUUCCAGAUGGGCAAAUCUGGAAACCAGACAUCCUUCUGUAUAACAGUGCCGAUGAGAGAUUCGAUGCCACAUUUCACACCAAUGUCUUGGUGAAUUCUACAGGGCACUGUCAAUACCUACCUCCAGGUAUCUUCAAGAGCUCCUGCUAUAUCGACGUGCGCUGGUUCCCCUUCGACGUGCAGAGGUGUGACCUCAAAUUCGGCUCUUGGACCUAUGGGGGCUGGUCCCUGGAUCUGCAGAUGAUAGAAGCUGAUAUAACUGGCUAUAUCCCCAAUGGGGAAUGGGAUCUUGUCGAGGUCCCGGGGCGGCGCAGUGAGAGGUUCUAUGACUGCUGUAAGGAGCCGUACCCGGACGUGACGUUCACGGUGGUCAUGCGGAGACGGACGCUGUAUUACGGUCUGAACCUGCUCAUCCCCUGUGUCCUCAUCUCUGGUCUUGCCCUGCUUGUCUUCCUGUUGCCUGCUGGCUCAGGGGAAAAGAUCUCCCUGGGAAUCACGGUGCUCUUGUCUCUCACUGUCUUCAUGUUGCUUGUAGCAGAGAUCAUGCCUGCAACAUCCGAUUCGGUGCCUCUAAUAGCUCAGUAUUUUGCCAGCACCAUGAUUAUUGUUGGCUUGUCGGUAGUCGUCACCGUCCUGGUUCUACAGUUCCACCAUCAUGAUCCUGACGGGGGGAAAAUGCCCAAAUGGACACGGAUAAUCCUCCUGAACUGGUGUGCCUGGUUCCUGCGCAUGAAGAGGCCCGGAGAGGACAAGGUGCGUCCAGCCUGCAACAUUAAGCAGCGGCGCAGCAGCAUCUCCAGCGUGGAGCUCAAUGCCAGCACCAGCGCCCCGCACUCUACCAACGGAAACAUGCUGUACAUCGGCUUCCGUGGGCUGGAGGGAGUGCCCUGCAGCCCCACCCCUGACUCAGGUGUGAUGUGCAGGCGGCAAAUGGGCGGGGUCGAGGAGGACGUGCUGCUGCCAGCGGAGGGGAAUGGGGACCCCGAUCUCAUGAAGAUCCUGGAGGAGGUGCGCUACAUCGCCAACCGCUUCCGAGACCAAGACGAGGACGAGUCCAUCUGCAAUGAGUGGAAAUUUGCUGCUUCCGUCAUCGACCGGCUCUGUCUCAUGGCGUUCUCUGUCUUCACCAUCCUCCUCACCAUCGGUAUUCUCAUGUCGGCGCCCAAUUUCAUUGAGGCCGUCUCAAAAGACUUUACCUGAUCCCUGACCAUGUCCACAAACCACAAUCCACAAUGCAAUCCUUAGACAGACUGAGAGCAACUCCUAUUGCUAAAUGGUUAUAAUCAGUGACUGAAAUGCAGUACCUCCUGUUAGCUCAAUAACUAGCUCAUAUUCUCUCAAGUGUUUUUGUCAUUUGCAUAAUAAAACCUUGUAGCAGAUAUUUUAACUUAAUAUUGAUUCUCUUGGGUCAAUUACAAAAACUACAUAGGUUAAUAUAUCAAUAACACUAUGUAACACAAUUUUUGUUCCUGGGUAGUAAGUGUUAUUUCCUAAUUGCU